AUGACUUCCACGGCAGCGCCGGUAUGUCAGAUAUUCACAUUUCAAGACUGCAAAACAUCUCCCGACCCUGUUUAUGAGAUUCCUACCCAGUAUUUGAACUCUGCACCGGCUGCUUCGAUUGUGAUAGACAACGGCUCUUUUCAAACCCGGGCCGGCUGGGCGUGUGAGGGAUAUGAGCCUGCUGCACCCAAAUUGAUUUUCAAGUCAGUGGCGGCAAGAAGCAGAGGGGCAGCCCGAAGCGAAACCCAAAUCGGCAAUGACAUCUCCAACCUGGAGCCCCUGCGGUGGCUGCUGAAGAGCCAGUUCGACCGAAACGUGGUGGUCAAUUUCGAGAUCCAGGAGCUCAUAUUUGAUUAUGUGUUCACCCACUUGGGCAUCGCAUCUGAGGGUUGUGUGGAACACCCCAUGGUGCUGACAGAGGCUCCCUGCAACCCGUUGCACUGUAGGCAGAUGAUGUCCGAGCUGCUGUUUGAAUGUUACAGAGUCCCUCAUGUGUCCUAUGGGGUAGACAGCCUGUACAGUUUCUAUUAUAAUAAUGCUCAGAGAAACCUCCAGCGACCACACACUGGCAUUGUCCUGUCGUCGGGAUACCACUGCUCUCAGAUCCUGCCAGUUGUCAACGGCAGGUUGGACGCAGUGAACUGCAAGCGUGUGAACGUGGGUGGCAGUCAGGCAGCUACCUACCUGCAGCGUCUCCUUCAGCUGAAAUACCCAGGUUAUCUUGCUGCCAUCACACUCAGCCGCAUGGAGGAGCUGCUACAUGAACACAGCUACACUGCUACUGAUUACCAUGAAGAGCUGGAGAAGUGGCGCAGCCCAGAGUUCUACGAGCGGGAGGUCCACCGCAUUCAGCUUCCCUUCUCUGCCAAGGUGCUCGGAGGCAGUGUGAACACGGAGGAGAGGCAAGAGAGGCGAGCGCAGCAGCUUCGACGGCUCCAGGAGAUCAACGCCCGCCGCCGGGAGGAGAAGCUCCAGCAGGAUCAGGAGAGGCUGGAUAAACUGCUGGCAGUACAGGAGCUGCUCGAGGACGGAAUGGUGGACCAGUUUCAUAAGAGUCUGGUGGAGCUGAACAUGGACUGUGCUGAGGAGCUUCAGUCUUACAUCAAUAAACUCCACCUGGCAGUGGAGCAGGGCAGACAGAAACUACUGCACAGCGACGGAGUGGAGGGAAAGACCGAGAUGUCUGAGCUGGAACAGCCGAUGGACGAGGGAGACAGGGUGGCGCUGAUGGAAGCUGACUUCCCUGAAGAAAACAACAUGGCCGACAAACCAGUAUUCAACAUGGCAGAUUACCACCAGCUAUUUGUGGGGACAGAGCGUUUGAGAUGUCCAGAGAUCCUCUUCCAGCCUUCCCUGACUGGAGAGGACCAGAUGGGACUAAUGGAGACACUGCAGUAUGUUCUAGCAAGGUACACUCCAGAACAGCAGGAGGCACUGGUGAGCAAUGUGUUCCUAACAGGGGGGAACAUGCAGUACCCAGGGAUGAAGGAGAGGGUUGAGAGAGAGUUGCUGGCUAUGAGGCCCUUCCAGUCACACUUCAAGGUGACCAUGGCGUCUCGGCCAGCGCUGGAUGCCUGGUACGGGGCCAGGGACUGGGCCCUGGAGCACCUCCCUGGAGGAGGAGGAGGAGGGGUGGAGGGAUGGAUCAGCAGACAGGACUACGAGGAGAAAGGAGGGGAGUACCUCAGUGAGCACUGCGCCUCCAACCUCUUCAUUCCCAUGAUGAUAGCCAGACCUGCCCCUGCUCGGCCUGUGGAACCAGCCGUUUCCAUGGCGACAGGGCCAUCUCCUACUGUUGCUGGUACUUCAUUAGUUCAGUUGGCCUCUUCAUCUUCUGUUGUAGCUGAUGUCUCGAUGGUUACGUCCUAAGUGGGGGCCUCACAGACUUGGUUUACUCGGUAUAUAAUCAUACCAUCCUAAAAAUCAAUAUUCAAGAGUGUUUUGGUUCACACAGGAAUGUUUUUCCUCGUCAUCCUAAUGCGUAGGUGACUAUUCUUGUCACAAUGGGGGUUUUUUUGUGCUCUCUCUGUGACUUGUGUAUCAUGGUGUCCAUGCAGGGAGUGAUAUGAAACUGUUCUGAUGUCUAACAUCUAAGAUAGACAGCUAACUCUACUGAAAUGACCAAACCUGCAGAGACCACUCAUAUUGAAUGGUCAUUAUUUAACUGGUUAUGAACAGCACAAAGGGUUUAUGAAAUAUCUCGUACAUUAUCAUGUAAAUGGUAUUUUUUUUAUAUCUAUAUACACUUGUUUUUUAGAUUUGAACACAACGCAGCCUAGAAUGAGUUCUGUUGAAAGAAUAACAGACAAACCGUUCUCAGCUGUGAUGUGAAAUAUUGAAAUAAAAGAGUGUUUGGAUGAAGUUUGUAUCACUGCUGUCAAGCUGCAGUGAAACAUACAAAACAUAUUCUGUUGCAGCACAUAUUGUAUAAACCUUUUUCUGCCCAACCCAAAACUACUUUGAAUAUCCUUUAUGAUUUCAGAUCCUCAAAACUGGCUGUUAAAUGUACUGAAAAUGACUUGGCAGCAGUAACCAAACUUCAUAUUAUUAUGAGCGAUAUGGAUGAAUUUUUUUUUUAAGGUAGCUAGGUUGUUUUCCUUGUUAAUAUCAAUCACUCAUAUCCCCACCUUUCUUUUUCCAGCAAAUGCCAGAAAAUAUAAUAUAAAAAGAUCAUCAAUGACUGUUUUGUUAAUCUGAAGAAAAGGAAUA